GUGAGUUUUCUUCUACUUGAAUGUCUGAUUCUUGAUUUCCAUCUCUGUAUUUUCCUUUCCCUUUUUGCUCACAAAGAUGUUUUAUGGAUGAAUAUGGUUUGAUAGGUUGGAGGGUAAGGUGGCACUUGUGACUGGCGCAGCUAGUGGGAUUGGUGAGGAGGCUGUGAGAUUAUUUGCAGAGAAUGGGGCUUUUGUUGUUGUAGCUGAUGUUCAAGAUGAAUUAGGCCAUCAGGUUAUUUCCUCGAUAGGAUCAGAGAAGGUUAGUUACCGACACUGCGAUGUAAGAGAUGAGAAGCAGGUGGAGGAGACAGUGGCAUACACCUUGGACAAAUAUGGAAGCCUGGAUGUUCUGUUCAGCAAUGCCGGAAUCAUAGGCCCCUUAACCGGAAUUCUAGAACUAGACCUCCAGGGCUUUGACAACACCAUGGCUACAAAUGUCCGCGGAGUUGCUGCCACAAUCAAGCAUGCGGCUCGAGCCAUGGUGGCUAGAAGUAUCCGAGGAUCCAUCAUAUGCACUACCAGUGUCGCAGCCGCACUUGGGGGAGCCGGCCCGCACGCUUACACCACCUCAAAGCAUGCUCUCAUAGGCCUUGUUCGAGCGGCCUGCAGCGAGCUGGGGGCGUAUGGGAUUAGAGUCAACUGCGUGUCCCCAUUUGGAACUGCCACACCUCUUUCUUGUAGAGCAUACAAUCUGGAGCCAAGUGAAGUUGAAGCUAAUAUUCUAGCGCUCUCCAACCUGAAAGGCAUUGUGUUGAAGGCCAGGCACAUCGCAGAGGCUGCUGUAUUUCUUGCUUCUGAUGAGUCUGCUUACAUCAGUGGUCAUAAUUUGGCCAUAGAUGGAGGGUUUACAGUGGUUAAUCACAGCUUCUCGGCUUCCUAAGAGCAGUACUGCCUCAUCACAGUUCGUCAAUGGGCCAAUAUUUUAUGGAUGAGUGGCAAAUAUUUUAAUUUUUUUUUUCUUUGAACUUCUUUGUAAAUUUGAACUCAACUUGCAGGGCAAGUCAAACUUUGUUAGCAGUUCCCAUGUGCCAUUUCCUUGUAAUCUGCAAUGAGAUCUUUUCUAAUUUCCACUUCUUCAGUUCAUAA